AUGGAACCAGUGAAUUUUACACAAAUUUCAAAAUUUAUUCUUCUGGGAUUUUCAGAGAAACCAGAACUUCAACCCCUAAUAUUUGGGGUUUUUCUCUCCAUGUACCUGAUCACUAUGUUGGGAAACCUGCUCAUCAUCCUGGCCGUCAGCUCAGACUCCCACCUCCACACACCCAUGUACUUCUUCCUCUCCAACCUGUCCUUGCUAGACAUCUGUUUCACCUCCACAAUCAUCCCGAAGAUGCUUGUGAACAUCCAGACACAGAGCAAAGUCAUCACCUAUGCAGGCUGCAUCACACAGAUGUAUUUUUUCAUACUUUUUGCUGGGUUGGAUGUUUUCCUCUUGACUGUGAUGGCCUAUGACCGGUUUGUGGCCAUCUGUCACCCCCUGCACUACACGGUCAUCAUGAACCCUCGGCUCUGUGGACUGCUGGUGCUGAUAUGCUGGAUCAUGAGUGUCCUGCAUUCCUUCCUACAUUCCUUAAUGGCAUUACGACUGUCCUUCUGCAUGGACGUGGAAAUCCCUCACUUUUUCUGUGAACUCCAUCAGAUGAUCAAACUUGCCUGUUCUGACACCUUUCUUAAUAACAUGGUGAUGUAUUUUACAGCUGUCCUGCUUGUUGGUGGUCCUUUCGCUGGGAUCCUUUACUCAUAUUCUAAGAUAGUGUCCUGCAUACAUGGAAUGUCAUCAGCUCAGGGGAAGUACAAAGCAUUUUCUACUUGUGCGUCUCACCUCUCAAUUGUCUCCUUAUUUUAUGGUACGAUCCUAGGAGUGUACCUCAGCUCUGCUGCAACCCACAGCUCACACUCAGGUGCCAUAGCCUCGGUGAUGUACACCGUGGUCACACCCAUGCUGAACCCCUUCAUCUACAGUCUCAGGAACAAAGACAUCAAACAGGCUCUGAAGACAUUCCUUGUGAAGGAAACUACAAACUGGUCAGUUGUCCUAAGACCGCAGAUGUGCCCAUGUUUGCAGAGUCAGGCAGUGUGA